AUGCGGGGAGUACAAAUCUUCUCUGGGACAUCCCACCCUGUCCUUGCUGAGACCAUCUGCGAGCGUCUAGGCACACUCCCCGCUCGGGCAGUGCUCGGAAAGUUUGCAAAUGGCGAGACAAGAGUGGACAUUGGAGUUUCCGUGCGGAACCAAGAUGUAUACAUUGUCCAGAGCGGCAGUCAGAAGAUCAAUGACAGUGUCAUGGAGCUCUUGAUCAUGAUCUCUGCUUGCAAGGGUGGUUCCGCGAAGUCGAUUACAGCGGUUAUGCCGUAUUUUCCUUACUCCCGCCAGUCGAAAAAGAAGAGCCAUCGGGGAGCCAUCACCGCUCGAAUGCUGGCGAACUUGCUUUCGGUCGCUGGAGUAGACCACGUCAUUACUCUAGAUUUGCAUGCGUCACAAAUGCAAGGAUUCUUCGGCAAGCCUGUGGAUAACCUCUUUGCCGAGCCUUUCAUUGCCCGUUGGAUUCGGAUGAACGUCCCUGGCUGGAAGGAGGCUGUCGUUGUUAGCAAAAACGCUGGAGGUACCAAGCGUGUAACAUCGCUAGCGGACACCCUGAAGCUCAAUUUUGGCAUUGUCACAACCGACAGACGCCGUCCGAAGGUCACUAUGUCCAUGACAGAUAGUACUGUUUUUUUCGACUCUAUGAAUGAUAGCAUUCCCAAAGAUCCGAAGCCUUUUGUCCUGCACCUCCGCAAGAACUCCCACGGCGGCGAAUCGAGCGAACACAACACCACAGAGCCCGAGGAACUACUGCGCCCGGAGACACCACCCGCUGCUCGUCGCCCGUCAGAGUUGGAAGCAGCUCACGAGUACACAGACGUGCGUGUGCGUGAUGUGAUCACUGGCCGACUUGUACAGGGCCAUAUCGUGGAUGAUGAUUUCCCGUCGGGUGGUCCCACCUCGGUACCUGCCUCUGGCCAUACAACUCCAGGACAGCCGUCCAGCCAGGAUCAACCAGAGUCCGUCCCAGACGCGAUGGUCAACUCAUUUAUCUCGACCACAUCUUCUCUACCUGGAGAUCAUGCUCUUGGCGGGUCGUUCGAUGCCGCUGAAUCUUCGGAUGAGGAAGAGAGCAACGGGCGAAGCGUCGAGCAAGAGAAGAUGAUCACCCUGGUAGGUGAUGUCCGAGACAGGACUGUUUUCCUUGUCGACGAUAUGAUCGACAAGAGUGGCUCGUGGAUUGCUGCCGCAGAAACGGUUGUCAAACGAGGCGGGGCUAAGCAGGUCUACUGCAUUGCUACACAUGGACUUUUUGGCGGCGAUUCCCUCGAGCAGAUGGAAGCGUGUGACGCGAUCGACUAUAUUGUCGUCACAAAUACCUUCCCAAUAACUCCCCAGAAGAUGAGAAAGUCGAAGAAACUGGUUAUAAUCGACGUUUCGAGUCUUCUUGCGGAGAGUAUCCGACGCCACCAUUACGGUGAAAGGUCUGUAGUUCUGCGGACUGAUUCUUGA